AUGCGAGAAGCGGGCUUUGGAUUGGAGCGGAGGCAGGAGGAGAAAGAUCAUGGUGCGCCGAAACUGUACUUGCUCCGAUCGUGAAGCACACAUGUCAUUCUCUCGUAAUUUUUUGUCUCAGGUGAGGCUCGCUUUGGACGAGGGGGCUUUUCAGACCUUCUUGGUGCUUUUGUUUUCAUGGAAGCUGGGAGGAGUUACUACUUCGUACCUCGUGGUAAACCUCAAAGACAUCAUUCGAGAUCAUCCGAAUUUACUCCAAGAAUUAGAUCUUUUCUUACCUUCAACGGGCUUCAAAAACCGGAGGAGGAAUCCUCAAUGA